AUGGAAGCCGACCUCACUCAGACUUUAGUAUCCUGUCUUGAGUGUGUAACUCAGUCAGACGGCGAGGAUGCUGCCCAUCCAAGCACUGACGCCGAGUACCUCUUCUCUGUUGUCCGUGCGGACGAUGUUGCGUUCACAGAGUUUCUCACCCGUGUGUCGGCUCAGCUUGACGUGCCAAUUGGGCCACUCGCGGCGAGGGCUCACGAGAGCUUUAGCGCAUUCAUCGUUCACGUCCGAGAAAUUGCGAAGGAACAAACGGUCUGUGUCAAACCGUUUACGAACUACAUAACGCACGUGACGAACUGCUCAUUCACUGAGGAUGAAGGAACCUCCAUUUCGGUUGUUGGCGUUGCCUGCCGGCUGCCAGGGAACGCAAACAACCCUCUCGAUUUUUGGUCGGUUCUUGCGGAAGGGCAAGAUGCCAUUGUACCAAUACCCUCAAAGCGAUGGAACCUCAAAGAGUUUAGCGAGGGGUAUAGCGAGCGAGGGACGAUAUAUGUCAAGGAAGGAGGUUUCAUCGACGGUAUCGACGAGUUCGACAACGGAUUUUUCAAGAUUUCUUCUUCCGAGGCAAGAAGGAUGGACCCACAGCAGCGGAUGCUUCUUGAGCUGUCACACGAGGCCUUCGAGUCUGCCGGUCUACAUGCUCAGACGGACAGCAACCACCAGUUUGGCGUGUUUGUUGGGUGCUCUUCUACUGAAUGUUUGAUGCUGGUACCGGAAGCGACCGUUGCACUGUGUGCAGCCGGCAUGCUCGCGUUAGACUCUCGUUGCAGGCCAUUUGACGCAGCGGCCAAUGGCUAUGGACGGGGUGAGGGUGCAGUCGUAUUUCUUUUAGAGCGCCGAAGAUACCCACCUGAUGGUCGCCCUAGACUGAAGUCUCUUGCGACGAUCCGGGGCCACGGAACGAACCACAAUGGGCAUAACGUCUCCGUGACGGCUCCUAGUGAUGUUGCGCAAAAGAAGUUGGUUGACGGUGUGCUACGGGCCGCUAAAGUUGAACCACGACAAGUGGCGUAUCUCGAGGCCCACGGAACAGGAACGAAACUGGGGGACACAAUUGAAUUUCGGGCAAUAAAGUCGGUAUUUUCCUCUUCACGUAGCAUGGACAAUCCCUUGCUCAUUGGCUCUGGGAAGAGCAAUGUAGGCCACCUAGAGGGUUGCGCAGGGGCGGUAGGUCUGCUCAAGGCUCUCUUAGUAUUGUAUUUUCGAGAAGUGCCUCCCACCCUUCAUUUCAAAAAAGUCAGUCCCUUGAUUGAUGACGAAGGCUUCAACUACCGGAUCCCGACUAAGAGAGUGACCCUCGAAAGUGACCGACCAAUAUUUGCCUCUGUGAGCUCCUUCGGACUGGGUGGCUGCAACGCGCAUGUUAUCAUUGAAUCCGUCCCAAAGGAGAGGGAAAUGGACGCACGGUCCCUUUCUCAGCGACACGAUUGGAAUCACGCAAGGUUUCCUGUUUUCGAAUCCAGUGACGACGGCAACUCAUUUGGUGGGUUAGCUUUGCGUCACGAUGUGGACCUUGGUAACAAUACGUCUACGCAUCCGCGCCGACGGAGUACCGCAUCGUUGUUUGAUAAGGGUACGUUCACUCCUGUGUCGGCAGGUCUCCGAAGAUUUACCGCGUUUUCUUCAGGUUAUGGAACUCCUCUUCUUCGAGCGCACCAGUACGGCACGACGGCGGAAACGAGGGAAGCCAGUGAAACUCCCGCAAUAACGGAGACACAACCUGCGCGACGGGCUCUAGAUGGCGAUGGCGGAGUUUAUGUGGAAAAUGAAUCAGUGACCGACAAUCUCGAGCGUUCGUUCUCGUCAGAGAACGACAACGCAAGUGUACCAAGCACCGCACGUAGCGAACUAAGUGAACAUGACCACGUAUCAAGCUAUGUAGGUGUCGGUGUGGAUGAAGAGUUUCUGCAGAGCGUGGUGCUCCAGACACUUCGGCAAGUUCUUAAGGAAGCUGCCCCUAUCCGUAGCGAUGUUUCACUAAAAACACUUGGCAUAGAUUCAUUGGCCGCCGUCGAGUUUCGCGACUCGCUUCAAGAGUCUCUGGGAAUUAAUCUGCCCGCAUCUCUGGUCUUUGAUUUCCCUACUAUUGACGAUGUAUGUGGGUUCCUUACACAGAAACUUAACAGUGGACGCGGUGGUAACCGUCGAAAUACACCAGGGAUGCUGUUGCAACAAAACCAAAACACUGCCUCUGAGUCAUGCGUGGCAGUUAGAGGAAUGUCGUGUCGGUUUCCCGGAGCAGAAGGUGGCAAAAUAGAGAGCUUCUGGGAAAUGCUCCUGAGUUACUCGGAUUGCAUACAGGAAAUACCAACGAGCCGUUUCGAUACAUCUACUAUUUUUGAUAAGGACUAUGACGCUAGGGAUAAGAUCUACGUCAAUUCAGCAGGUAUUUUGCGUACUGCCGACAUGUUUGACAACAUGUUCUUUAAGAUAAGCGAAGCAGAAGUUCGCCAUAUUGACCCCCGCCAGCGUAUUCUCUUGGAAGUUGCCUAUGACGCGCUUGUUGACUCUCAAGUGCUGGGUUGCAAAGGGUUGGCCGCCCUUGGCAAUGAAACAGUCGGAGUUGUGGUCGGCUGCAGUGGAAACGAUUGGAACACGUUUCUUCAGCAUCAUGAUCUGUCCGCGUCAAGUUUUUCUGGUCCCGGUACUUCUCCUGCACUGCUCUCCAACAGAGUGUCUUACAGUCUAGCAUUGAGGGGUCCAAGCCUCACUAUAGACACAGCGUGUUCUUCUUCCUUAGUCGCCAUGGAUAUUGCUCGGCAAUUGCUGAAUGCAUCGCAAUGCAAUUUAGCUCUCGUCGGCGGAGUCCAACUGUUGUUAACGGCGGACACAUUCACUCACUACUGCAGAGCAAGAAUGUUGAGUCCUGAUUGCCGUUGUAAAACGUUUGACGCAUCAGCGAAUGGCUACGUCCGCUCUGAAGGAUGUGGAGUCGUUGUGCUGGAGAAUAUGCACGACAGGCAAGUCUCCAAGGAUACGACCUACGCGUGGCUCCUGGGUACAGCGAACAACCAUGUUGGAAGAAGCGCAAGCCUUACAGCGCCUAACGGCCCAGCUCAACAAGCCGUGAUCCUAGCGGCCCUCCGGUCAGCGCAGUUGCCCUUAGACUCACAAAUAUGUAUGAUUGAAACGCAUGGCACAGGGACUGCACUUGGUGAUCCCAUCGAGAUCGGGGCUCUCCAAGCAGUGUAUGGGCAGGGGACAAGUGCUGACACACCUCUUGUUCUGGGAGCUCUCAAGUCGCGCAUUGGUCACACAGAAGGGGCUGCAGGAAUUGCUGGCUUCAUCAAGCUUAUCUGUUCACUUAGACACAGGAUAGCCCCGCCAAAUCUGCACCUCAAGCAAUUCAACCCCCACAUCGACAUCUCGACGGCAGAUUCCUCAAGGCCAUUCCUGCUACCUACGAAGCCGUACCCCCUAGAUACUCUGAUGGUUGGACAGAAGAACGAUCCACUUCUUGGAGCCGUAAGUUCAUUUGGGUUUGGAGGUUCCAAUGCGCAUGCAAUCGUAGAGGUCCCUCCCAUCCAAGGCCCCGCAGGUCCGGAAAUAGCCGAAGCCGGACUCAGACGUGCGCAGGCGGCUGCUGACGAGCCACACCAGCCAAUGGUAUGGCUUUUCACAGGCCAGGGGUCUCAGUAUGUGAACAUGGCGAAGUCCAUCUACGAGGCGGAGGAUAGCUUCCGAGAGACAGUGGAAGAAUGCUCCGCAUACCUAGCAGCAGAGAAUCUGAUGCCAGAAGGAGGCCCGUCGAGCCUGGAGGAGAUAAUCUAUCCGAGGCAGGACGAAGAUGCUGAGGAGGCAGAGCGUCUGCUGAUGCAAACCCAGUACUCGCAAGUGGCCAUUUUCGUUGUUGAGUUGGCGCUCACUCGGGUUUUGAAAGAAAGAGGCCUGCGUCCAGCAGCCGUUUUGGGUCACAGCCUUGGCGAAUACGCCGCUGCAGUCACAGCAGGAGUAUUUUCGUGGCGCGAUGCGCUCCGAGUUGUCGCCGCCAGAGCACGCAUAAUGUCUGAACAGGAGCCACAGGACGGUGUCAUGGCCGCAUGUCGGCUGUCGGCCGCUGAGGUCCAAGCGGCGUUAGAUUCAGAACUGAAGGGCCUGACCUCUGUUGCUGUCGCUGCUGAUAACGGCCCGCGAAGUGUUGUGGUGUCCGGUAGAAGGGCGGAAGUCGAACAAGUCCUAUCAUUCUUCAGUAUGUCAGGAAAGGCUCGCUUCCUCAAGGUGUCGCACGCCUUCCACUCCCCGCUAAUGGCAGGCGCUGUCGAGCCUGUCCGUCGCCUCUUUGAGGGCGUCGAGUUCUCGGAGCCGGCGAUUCCGUUUUCAUCCACAGUUCUUGGCCGCCUUACUGUCGGCGGCGAGUUGGGAAAUGCGCUCUACUGGGCCGAGCAGAUCACAAAACCUGUCCGCUUUCGCGAGUCCUUGUCCAUCGUGGCUUCAGUGUUUCGUUCCCCUGCUGUGCAGUUUGUUGAGGUUGGUCCGUGUGCGGUUCUGGUCAAUCUGGGCAAAAAAUGGUGCAUGCCCUCAGGUUGUGAGCAGCAUCGGUGGUGCUUGGCAGUGGACCAAUGCCGCCCACUGGCUGGCCAGAGCAGUGUCUCCUGGCAAAGCGUCGGUGCUGCUGAGACAGGCUCAAAAACCGCAAGGCACACCUGGAAUCACAGGCGCUUCCCGUGGAAUCCAACUCCUCAUCCUUUACUCGGUUUUCGAGAAGCCACCAAGCAAGAACAUGUUGACGAGCACCUCUAUCAGAAAGCGGUGCCGCCUGCUCUCGCCGAAGUAUUCGGUGAUGACGGUAGCCUGCGGAUUUCGACUCUGCCAGCGGCUGCCAUCCUUGAUGCAUUGAUCGCCGCCGCCAAACUGGUUUCUCAAAGCGGCGCGUUAGGCGAUGACGCCUCAAACGUCUCAGUCCAGCUGAAGAAUUACCGAACAUAUCGAGAUAUGAUACUUCCACUACCCCAAGAUUCUGACAACGCUGACGUUUGUUUGACCUUGUGCUUUCGGAUAACGAACGAACACAGCCAGCAGGUGAUAGCGGGCUUCGGACAUUAUGCUCCGAUUCCUGCUUUGAUAGGGAGUCCCGAGGAAAACUGGCUUCCAAUAACGGAGGCAACGGUUAUGCCAGAUUCAAAAGCUAGAAGCGACCAAUGCCUGCCUUUGCAUGUCCUGCAACAGCGUUUUUCGAAAGCCGAAGAAAUGGCCCAGCCGGAAGAGAAUAAUGCACGACACACCGCUGAAGAUUGGGAAUUUCAGUCGAGAUAUAAAUCGAUACGAACUGUCCAUAGAAGAGACAAUGAGGCGCUUGUCCACCUUUCACGAACCAGGACCGUGGCAGAGGAAGGCUUCACUGUUUGUCCCGUCAUCCUCACAGAGAUGCUGUUUGUAGCGGGAACUAUUGCAAAAGGGCAAGCGCCGUUCGAACGAGAUUUAGAGUAUGCUGUGAGUGGAGCUGAAAUUGUUACCAGCUUUGGCAUCUCUGAGGAUGCGUCUGACAGUUUCUGGGGACAUGUUCAUGUCCUUCCAGUCAAGCCAGGCGACGCGAGGAGCCGAUUCGCCAAUGUGACGCUGUACACUGAAAAGGGGCAAGCCAGUAUGCAACUGCAGUCAGUGCAGCUACAUCCUACUGGACGAGUAUCUGUGCAACGUGAGAUUGACAUGCAGAAGUCUUUUCUUCGGGCCUGUUACCAACGGAUAGAUGCUGUUCUUGACCCCGUGAACCAGGCCCGCCCAACAUGUGUUAGUAGCCGCCAAUCUCUGACUCCCCAGACGAGCUAUCCACACGACAAGCUUAUUGCUCUCGUCACAGAAGCCUGUCGGCGUGUGAUCGGUACUGACGAUGAGCCGGAUUUCCAUACGCCGCUACAAGAGCUCGGCCUCGACUCUCUAGGAGCCGUCGCCUUUCGUGAUGCCCUUGAAGACACAUUUCGCCUUAAACUUCCGGCCACCAUUUUGUUCGACCACCCAGACCUGGACACUCUCAGUCAGUUUAUUGCAAGGAAACUUGAAGACAGUGUCGAGGAAGCUGGCGUCAGUGGCAUUUCAGUCCCAAACCACUGCGACUACCGGGACGGCGAUGUGGCAGUGAUUGGGAUGGCUUGCCGCCUCCCAGGAUCAUCAAACUCUGUGUCCGAGUUUUGGGAGGCGCUUCGGACUUCAGUCGACUGCGUGGCCGAGAUUCCUCCAACCAGGUUUGACAUCGAGGAGUUCUUCGAUUCGGACCAGAGUGCAAAGGGGAAAAUGUACGUCCGGGAAGGUGGUUUCGUUGACGGAGCGACAUUGUUCGAUAACCGGUUUUUCGGUAUCCCAGCAGCGGAAGCCCACGAAAUGGACCCGAGACAGAGGUUAUCUAUGGAAGUGGCCGCUGAAGCUUUCUGGGAUGCCGGUAUUGGACAAACUGAUUCGGCUAGCCGUGACACCCUUGUCGCCGUUGGCAAAACGAAUACAGAUGCUGUGCGAAUGGGCUAUGGCCAGCUUUCUCCUUUCAGUUGCAGCGGUGCAAACAACUCUAUUCUCUCAAACAGGAUUUCGUAUUUCUUUGGACUGAAAGGACCGAGCAUGACAAUUGACGCUGCAUGCGCUUCUUCCUUGAUCGCAAUAGUUGCGGGUUUCAAUGAACUCACCAGAGGAGCAUGCAAAACAGCGCUGGUUAUGGGAGUGAAUCUGCUUUUGUCUCCCGAGUGCUAUAUCGAGAUAUGCAAGGCAACAAUGCUCAGUCCAGACUGCAGGUGUAAGACGUUUGACGCAAAAGCGAACGGGUACGUAAGGAGCGAAGGGUGCUGCGGCAUACUUUUGAAGAAGAUGCCCAGAGACGCUACCACAUCAGAAACACACGACGUAUACGCAUGGCUCCGGAGUGCGACCACCAACCAUGUUGGUCGAAGCGCUAGUCUGACGGCUCCCAACGGACCCGCGCAAACCACACUCAUCCAAGAUGCCAUCCGAUCCGCCCGACUGCAGCGAGUAUCAGACAUUGCCGUGCUGGAGACACACGGGACGGGAACGUCUCUCGGGGACCCCAUCGAGAUCGGGGCUCUCCAAGCAGUGUAUGGGCAGGGGACAAGUGCUGACACACCUCUUGUUCUGGGAGCUCUCAAGUCGCGCAUUGGUCACACAGAAGGGGCUGCAGGAAUUGCUGGCUUCAUCAAGCUUAUCUGUUCACUUAGACACAGGAUAGCCCCGCCAAAUCUGCACCUCAAGCAAUUCAACCCCCACAUCGACAUCUCGACGGCAGAUUCCUCAAGGCCAUUCCUGCUACCUACGAAGCCGUACCCCCUAGAUACUCUGAUGGUUGGACAGAAGAACGAUCCACUUCUUGGAGCCGUAAGUUCAUUUGGGUUUGGAGGUUCCAAUGCGCAUGCAAUCGUAGAGGUCCCUCCCAUCCAAGGCCCCGCAGGUCCGGAAAUAGCCGAAGCCGGACUCAGACGUGCGCAGGCGGCUGCUGACGAGCCACACCAGCCAAUGGUAUGGCUUUUCACAGGCCAGGGGUCUCAGUAUGUGAACAUGGCGAAGUCCAUCUACGAGGCGGAGGAUAGCUUCCGAGAGACAGUGGAAGAAUGCUCCGCAUACCUAGCAGCAGAGAAUCUGAUGCCAGAAGGAGGCCCGUCGAGCCUGGAGGAGAUAAUCUAUCCGAGGCAGGACGAAGAUGCUGAGGAGGCAGAGCGUCUGCUGAUGCAAACCCAGUACUCGCAAGUGGCCAUUUUCGUUGUUGAGUUGGCGCUCACUCGGGUUUUGAAAGAAAGAGGCCUGCGUCCAGCAGCCGUUUUGGGUCACAGCCUUGGCGAAUACGCCGCUGCAGUCAUAGCAGGAGUAUUUUCGUGGCGCGAUGCGCUCCGAGUUGUCGCCGCCAGAGCACGCAUAAUGUCUGAACAGGAGCCACAGGACGGUGUCAUGGCCGCAUGUCGGCUGUCGGCCGCUGAGGUCCAAGCGGCGUUAGAUUCAGAACUGAAGGGCCUGACCUCUGUUGCUGUCGCUGCUGAUAACGGCCCGCGAAGUGUUGUGGUGUCCGGUAGAAGGGCGGAAGUCGAACAAGUCCUAUCAUUCUUCAGUAUGUCAGGAAAGGCUCGCUUCCUCAAGGUGUCGCACGCCUUCCACUCCCCGCUAAUGGCAGGCGCUGUCGAGCCUGUCCGUCGCCUCUUUGAGGGCGUCGAGUUCUCGGAGCCGGCGAUUCCGUUUUCAUCCACAGUUCUUGGCCGCCGUACUGUCGGCGGCGAGUUGGGAAACGCGCUCUACUGGGCCGAGCAGAUCACAAAACCUGUGCGUUUCCGAGAGGCGACACAGGCUGUGACGUCUGGAGACUUGUCCCAUAUUCGAGCAUAUGUUGAGGUUGGUCCAAGCCGCGUGCUCUCUGCCAUGGGACGAGACUGCGUUUCGUUGGAAGGGGCCAAAGCACAAGAAUGGAUAUGUAUUGUGGAUCCGAGGUCUGCUGCGAAUCCAGUGGAGGUCGUUGCAGCGCUGAAGGGAAGGUUUGUGGAGCAUCGGCCCAAGGACGAGUCAGCACGGCACGUGUGGAAUCACAGGUCGGUCACCCUGCGGAGGAGGGACGAAAGAGGCAGCAAGCAAACAACUGGACCGGAGGCGCGCCAGGGUGGUACCUUCGCCAGCAUGGCGCCAGACGAGCUGAAGGCGUUUGUCCAAGCAACUGUGUCUGGUGCCGCCAAGCAAGUUUUGGGAAGUGCGGACGAGCCGCCGACAGAUGCGCCGCUGCAAGAUAUGGGAAUUGAUUCGCUUGGUGCAGUAGAAUUCCGUAACAAUCUCCAAGAUUCUUUGGGUGUGAAGCUGCCGGCAACCAUCCUUUUUGAUCACCCAACAAUAGAGGCGCUUGCAACGUUCCUGGGCUCGCUUCUUCAUUCCGAGGAAGGUCGCGAGACCAGAAGCGUGAAUAGUGCAAAGAUGCUGUCACCUCUGUUAGACGAAAAGGACAGUGUCAGCAUCGCGGUGGUGGGCAUGGCUUGCAGGCUUCCCGGUUCUGUCAAUGACCUGGAGUCCUUCGGGGAAAUGCUACUCACGUUCAAGGAUUGCAUUCAAGAAAUUCCUCCAUCACGUUUCAGUAUAGAUGAAGUCUACGAUCCCGAUCCAGAUGCCAAAGGCAAGAUCUACGUCCGAGAGGGAGGCUUCAUUGACGGCGCGGAACUCUUUGACAACAGAUUCUUUGGCAUCUCCGAUGCCGAAGCCAGAGAAAUGGACCCGCGACAGCGAAUUUCUCUGGAGGUUUCUUAUGAAGCAUUUGUUGAUGCUGGAUAUUCUCGGGAGGAGUUGCUAGGUUCGCCCGUUGGGGUUUUCGUCGGAGCGAUGAACCACGAUAAGCUGUACGAUGACUUGCGUCAGCUUACCAGCUACAGUGGCACAUCGACCGCCCUAGCCAUUCUCUCAAAUCGCCUCUCGUACACGUUCGGUCUAACGGGACCGAGCGUAACCAUAGAUACUGCGUGCUCGUCUUCGCUUGUAGCUGCGGAGUAUGCGGCGCUAGGCAUUGCGGGCGGAAAGUUCGACCGAGCAGUUGUUCAUGGCAUCAACGUGAUUCCGAAGGUAGAAGGAUACAUUCUGUGCUGCCGGGCACGAAUGCUAAGCGCUUCCGGGCGCUGUCGCACAUUCGACGCAACGGCUGACGGGUACGCCAGAGCUGAGGCUUCAGCCUGCAUAGUAAUCGAGCACGAAGAGAAGACCUCAGGACGCACACACGCACGACUUCUCGCAGUGGCAACAAACCAUGUUGGGCGCAGCGCUAGCAUUACAUCCCCUAACGGGCCUGCACAACAGGCAGUCAUCCGCGCAGCCCUCCGCAGCGCAAAUGUUAAAUCGCCUCGAUCCGUUGCGGUAGUGGAGACACACGGGACGGGAACGUCUCUCGGGGACCCCAUCGAGAUCGGGGCUCUCCAAGCAGUGUAUGGGCAGGGGACAAGUGCUGACACACCUCUUGUUCUGGGAGCUCUCAAGUCGCGCAUUGGUCACACAGAAGGGGCUGCAGGAAUUGCUGGCUUCAUCAAGCUUAUCUGUUCACUUAGACACAGGAUAGCCCCGCCAAAUCUGCACCUCAAGCAAUUCAACCCCCACAUCGACAUCUCGACGGCAGAUUCCUCAAGGCCAUUCCUGCUACCUACGAAGCCGUACCCCCUAGAUACUCUGAUGGUUGGACAGAAGAACGAUCCACUUCUUGGAGCCGUAAGUUCAUUUGGGUUUGGAGGUUCCAAUGCGCAUGCAAUCGUAGAGGUCCCUCCCAUCCAAGGCCCCGCAGGUCCGGAAAUAGCCGAAGCCGGACUCAGACGUGCGCAGGCGGCUGCUGACGAGCCACACCAGCCAAUGGUAUGGCUUUUCACAGGCCAGGGGUCUCAGUAUGUGAACAUGGCGAAGGCCCUCUACGAGGCGGAGGAUAGCUUCCGAGAGACAGUGGAAGAAUGCUCCGCAUACCUAGCAGCAGAGAAUCUGAUGCCAGAAGGAGGCCCGUCGAGCCUGGAGGAGAUAAUCUAUCCGAGGCAGGACGAAGAUGCUGAGGAGGCAGAGCGUCUGCUGAUGCAAACCCAGUACUCGCAAGUGGCCAUUUUCGUUGUUGAGUUGGCGCUCACUCGGGUUUUGAAAGAAAGAGGCCUGCGUCCAGCAGCCGUUUUGGGUCACAGCCUUGGCGAAUACGCCGCUGCAGUCACAGCAGGAGUAUUUUCGUGGCGCGAUGCGCUCCGAGUUGUCGCCGCCAGAGCACGCAUAAUGUCUGAACAGGAGCCACAGGACGGUGUCAUGGCCGCAUGUCGGCUGUCGGCCGCUGAGGUCCAAGCGGCGUUAGAUUCAGAACUGAAGGGCCUGACCUCUGUUGCUGUCGCUGCUGAUAACGGCCCGCGAAGUGUUGUGGUGUCCGGUAGAAGGGCGGAAGUCGAACAAGUCCUAUCAUUCUUCAGUAUGUCAGGAAAGGCUCGCUUCCUCAAGGUGUCGCACGCCUUCCACUCCCCGCUAAUGGCAGGCGCUGUCGAGCCUGUCCGUCGCCUCUUUGAGGGCGUCGAGUUCUCGGAGCCGGCGAUUCCGUUUUCAUCCACAGUUCUUGGCCGCCUUACUGUCGGCGGCGAGUUGGGAAACGCGCUCUACUGGGCCGAGCAGAUCACAAAACCUGUGCGUUUCCGAGAGGCGACACAGGCUGUGACGUCUGGAGACUUGUCCCAUAUUCGAGCAUAUGUUGAGGUUGGUCCAAGCCGCGUGCUCUCUGCCAUGGGACGAGACUGCGUUUCGUUGGAAGGGGCCAAAGCACAAGAAUGGAUAUGUAUUGUGGAUCCGAGGUCUGCUGCGAAUCCAGUGGAGGUCGUUGCAGCGCUGAAGGGAAGGUUUGUGGAGCAUCGGCCCAAGGACGAGUCAGCACGGCACGUGUGGAAUCACAGGUCGGUCACCCUGCGGAGGAGGGACGAAAGAGGCAGCAAGCAAACAACUGGACCGGAGGCGCGCCAGGGUGGUACCUUCGCCAGCAUGGCGCCAGACGAGCUGAAGGCGUUUGUCCAAGCAACUGUGUCUGGUGCCGCCAAGCAAGUUUUGGGAAGUGCGGAUGAGCUGCCGACAGAUGCGCCGCUGCAGUCCCUGGGAAUAGAUUCUUUAGGAGCAGUUGAAUUCCGUAACGCGGUACAGGACGUAUUCAACAUACGUUUAUCAGCGACGCUUCUCUUCGAUUAUCCGUCGAUUCAGGCGGUUUCGGACCACCUUCUGAAUGUGAUUGGAGCAAAUUCAGGCAUCGACAAUUCUCCCAGUCCCGUUGGGCAUCUCUCCUCCACUGCAAUACUGCAGGAGGGCGGCUUCAACAUCGCCGUGGUAGGCAUCGCUUGCAGGCUUCCUGGUUCUGUCAGUGACCUGGCGGCCUUCGGGGAAAUGCUACUCACGUUCAAGGAUUGCAUUCAAGAAAUUCCUCCAUCGCGUUUCAGUAUAGAUGAAGUCUACGAUCCCGAUCCAGAUGCCAAAGGCAAGAUCUACGUCCGAGAGGGAGGCUUCAUUGACGGCGCGGAACUCUUUGACAACAGAUUCUUUGGCAUCUCCGAUGCCGAAGCCCAGGAAAUGGACCCACGGCAGCGAAUUUCUCUGGAGGUUUCUUAUGAAGCAUUUGUUGAUGCUGGAUAUUCUCGGGAGGAGUUGCUAGGUUCGCCCGUUGGGGUUUUCGUCGGAGCUAUGAAUCACGACAAGCUCCAUAACUCUAUGUUGUAUGCAAACAGUCUAACAGCCACAGGUGCUGCUGUUUCUAUUCUUGCGAACAGGUUGUCGUACACGUAUGGCCUCACCUCGUCAAGCUUAACUGUCGAUACCGCCUGUUCGUCGUCGCUUGUGGCCACUGAUAUCGCCAACAAGGAUCUCGUACUGGGCGUGUGCGAGCGUGCCCUCGUUGUGGGCACAAACGUUAUAAGCACACCACAGCACUUCUUGGAUACAUCACGUUCGAGAAUGCUCAGUCGCGACUGUCGCUGCAAGACAUUCGACGCCUCCGCAAACGGGUACGUACGCGCGGAGGGAUGUUGCGCUCUUAUUCUACAACGCGUCAGCGGGCUGCCACACCCCAGACCCAUUUACGCCUUCCUCGCCGGCACGGCCAGCAACCAUGUCGGAAGGAGCGCCAGCCUCACCGCACCCAACGGGCCUGCGCAACAGGCAGUCGUCCGCGCAGCCCUCCGCAGCGCAAAUGUUAAAUCGCCUCGAUCCGUUGCAGUAGUGGAGACACACGGGACGGGAACGUCUCUCGGGGACCCCAUCGAGAUCGGGGCUCUCCAAGCAGUGUAUGGGCAGGGGACAAGUGCUGACACACCUCUUGUUCUGGGAGCUCUCAAGUCGCGCAUUGGUCACACAGAAGGGGCUGCAGGAAUUGCUGGCUUCAUCAAGCUUAUCUGUUCACUUAGACACAGGAUAGCCCCGCCAAAUCUGCACCUCAAGCAAUUCAACCCCCACAUCGACAUCUCGACGGCAGAUUCCUCAAGGCCAUUCCUGCUACCUACGAAGCCGUACCCCCUAGAUACUCUGAUGGUUGGACAGAAGAACGAUCCACUUCUUGGAGCCGUAAGUUCAUUUGGGUUUGGAGGUUCCAAUGCGCAUGCAAUCGUAGAGGUCCCUCCCAUCCAAGGCCCCGCAGGUCCGGAAAUAGCCGAAGCCGGACUCAGACGUGCGCAGGCGGCUGCUGACGAGCCACACCAGCCAAUGGUAUGGCUUUUCACAGGCCAGGGGUCUCAGUAUGUGAACAUGGCGAAGGCCCUCUACGAGGCGGAGGAUAGCUUCCGAGAGACAGUGGAAGAAUGCUCCGCAUACCUAGCAGCAGAGAAUCUGAUGCCAGAAGGAGGCCCGUCGAGCCUGGAGGAGAUAAUCUAUCCGAGGCAGGACGAAGAUGCUGAGGAGGCAGAGCGUCUGCUGAUGCAAACCCAGUACUCGCAAGUGGCCAUUUUCGUUGUUGAGUUGGCGCUCACUCGGGUUUUGAAAGAAAGAGGCCUGCGUCCAGCAGCCGUUUUGGGUCACAGCCUUGGCGAAUACGCCGCUGCAGUCACAGCAGGAGUAUUUUCGUGGCGCGAUGCGCUCCGAGUUGUCGCCGCCAGAGCACGCAUAAUGUCUGAACAGGAGCCACAGGACGGUGUCAUGGCCGCAUGUCGGCUGUCGGCCGCUGAGGUCCAAGCGGCGUUAGAUUCAGAACUGAAGGGCCUGACCUCUGUUGCUGUCGCUGCUGAUAACGGCCCGCGAAGUGUUGUGGUGUCCGGUAGAAGGGCGGAAGUCGAACAAGUCCUAUCAUUCUUCAGUAUGUCAGGAAAGGCUCGCUUCCUCAAGGUGUCGCACGCCUUCCACUCCCCGCUAAUGGCAGGCGCUGUCGAGCCUGUCCGUCGCCUCUUUGAGGGCGUCGAGUUCUCGGAGCCGGCGAUUCCGUUUUCAUCCACAGUUCUUGGCCGCCGUACUGUCGGCGGCGAGUUGGGAAACGCGCUCUACUGGGCCGAGCAGAUCACAAAACCUGUGCGUUUCCGAGAGGCGACACAGGCUGUGACGUCUGGAGACUUGUCCCAUAUUCGAGCAUAUGUUGAGGUUGGUCCAAGCCGCGUGCUCUCUGCCAUGGGACGAGACUGCGUUUCGUUGGAAGGGGCCAAAGCACAAGAAUGGAUAUGUAUUGUGGAUCCGAGGUCUGCUGCGAAUCCAGUGGAGGUCGUUGCAGCGCUGAAGGGAAGGUUUGUGGAGCAUCGGCCCAAGGACGAGUCAGCACGGCACGUGUGGAAUCACAAGCUGCAGAUGAACGAAGACGUUAAAGUGUUUCUGAUGUUCUCCUCUACUGCUAGUCUCGUCGGAAAUCCCGGUCAAGCCAACUACGCAGCGGCUAACUCGAGCCUCGACGCACUCAUUUCGCACCGCCGCAGCAGGGGUUUAGCCGGACACAGCAUACAGUGGGGUCCAUGGAUUGAACAGGGGAUGGCAGCAGGUCUCGGCGACCGCUUGGAGCGUGCGGGAUUCCGGGGCAUAUCGAACAGAGUAGGCGUUGAAGUCGUUGGGGCUGUGGUAUCUCAAGGAAACACUGGCGACGCCGUGGUCGCGUGUCAGCAGUUUAUCUGGCCACGAUUUGCGAUGCGUUAUCGCGGGUGUGUUCCUGCUAUCUUCGAGGAGCAGACCAGGUCGGUCACCCUGCGGAGGAGGGACGAAAGAGGCAGCAAGCAAACAACUGGACCGGAGGCGCGCCAGGGUGGUACCUUCGCCAGCAUGGCGCCAGACGAGCUGAAGGCGUUUGUCCAAGCAACUGUGUCUGGUGCCGCCAAGCAAGUUUUGGGAAGUGCGGACGAGCCGCCGACAGAUGCGCCGCUGCAAGAUAUGGGAAUUGAUUCGCUUGGUGCAGUAGAAUUCCGUAACAAUCUCCAAGAUUCUUUGGGUGUGAAGCUGCCGGCAACCAUCCUUUUUGAUCACCCAACAAUAGAGGCGCUUGCAACGUUCCUGGGCUCGCUUCUUCAUUCCGAGGAAGGUCGCGAGACCAGAAGCGUGAAUGGUGCAAAGAUGUUGUCACCUCUGUUAGACGAAAAGGACAGUGUCAGCAUCGCGGUGGUGGGCAUGGCUUGCAGGCUUCCCGGUUCUGUCAAUGACCUGGAGUCCUUCGGUGAAAUGCUACUCACGUUCAAGGAUUGCAUUCAAGAAAUUCCUCCAUCACGUUUCAGUAUAGAUGAAGUCUACGAUCCCGAUCCAGAUGCCAAAGGCAAGAUCUACGUCCGAGAGGGAGGCUUCAUUGACGGCGCGGAACUCUUUGACAACAGAUUCUUUGGCAUCUCCGAUGCCGAAGCCAGAGAAAUGGACCCGCGACAGCGAAUUUCUCUGGAGGUUUCUUAUGAAGCAUUUGUUGAUGCUGGAUAUUCUCGGGAGGAGUUGCUAGGUUCGCCCGUUGGGGUUUUCGUCGGAGCGAUGAACCACGAUAAGCUGUACGAUGACUUGCGUCAGCUUACCAGCUACAGUGGCACAUCGACCGCCCUAGCCAUUCUCUCAAAUCGCCUCUCGUACACGUUCGGCCUAACGGGACCAAGUAUUAUGAUAGACUGCGCAUGCUCGUCCUCCUUGGUUGCUAUGGAUUACGCAAAUAUGGAACUGCGUCAAGAUCGUGCAGGGCUAUGUUUGGUUGUUGGUGUCAAUAUUAUGCCAACAGCCGACCCCUAUGUUCACUGCUGCAAGGCACGAAUGCUUAGUCCCGACUGUCGCUGCAAGGUUUUCGCUGCAAAUGCCAACGGAUAUGUGCGCAGCGAGGGAUGCGCGGCCCUAAUACUCGAACGCACAGCUGCACACACACCAAGAAACAUCAAACCAUAUGCCAACCUACUGGGAACAGCUAACAACCACGUGGGGAGGAGCGCAAGCAUUACAUCCCCUAACGGGCCUGCACAACAGGCAGUCGUCCGCGCAGCCCUCCGCAGCGCAAAUGUUAAAUCGCCUCGAUCCGUUGCGGUAGUGGAGACACACGGGACGGGAACGUCUCUCGGGGACCCCAUCGAGAUCGGGGCUCUCCAAGCAGUGUAUGGGCAGGGGACAAGUGCUGACACACCUCUUGUUCUGGGAGCUCUCAAGUCGCGCAUUGGUCACACAGAAGGGGCUGCAGGAAUUGCUGGCUUCAUCAAGCUUAUCUGUUCACUUAGACACAGGAUAGCCCCGCCAAAUCUGCACCUCAAGCAAUUCAACCCCCACAUCGACAUCUCGACGGCAGAUUCCUCAAGGCCAUUCCUGCUACCUACGAAGCCGUACCCCCUAGAUACUCUGAUGGUUGGACAGAAGAACGAUCCACUUCUUGGAGCCGUAAGUUCAUUUGGGUUUGGAGGUUCCAAUGCGCAUGCAAUCGUAGAGGUCCCUCCCAUCCAAGGCCCCGCAGGUCCGGAAAUAGCCGAAGCCGGACUCAGACGUGCGCAGGCGGCUGCUGACGAGCCACACCAGCCAAUGGUAUGGCUUUUCACAGGCCAGGGGUCUCAGUAUGUGAACAUGGCGAAGGCCCUCUACGAGGCGGAGGAUAGCUUCCGAGAGACAGUGGAAGAAUGCUCCGCAUACCUAGCAGCAGAGAAUCUGAUGCCAGAAGGAGGCCCGUCGAGCCUGGAGGAGAUAAUCUAUCCGAGGCAGGACGAAGAUGCUGAGGAGGCAGAGCGUCUGCUGAUGCAAACCCAGUACUCGCAAGUGGCCAUUUUCGUUGUUGAGUUGGCGCUCACUCGGGUUUUGAAAGAAAGAGGCCUGCGUCCAGCAGCCGUUUUGGGUCACAGCCUUGGCGAAUACGCCGCUGCAGUCACAGCAGGAGUAUUUUCGUGGCGCGAUGCGCUCCGAGUUGUCGCCGCCAGAGCACGCAUAAUGUCUGAACAGGAGCCACAGGACGGUGUCAUGGCCGCAUGUCGGCUGUCGGCCGCUGAGGUCCAAGCGGCGUUAAAUUCAGAACUGAAGGGCCUGACCUCUGUUGCUGUCGCUGCUGAUAACGGCCCGCGAAGUGUUGUGGUGUCCGGUAGAAGGGCGGAAGUCGAACAAGUCCUAUCAUUCUUCAGUAUGUCAGGAAAGGCUCGCUUCCUCAAGGUGUCGCACGCCUUCCACUCCCCGCUAAUGGCAGGCGCUGUCGAGCCUGUCCGUCGCCUCUUUGAGGGCGUCGAGUUCUCGGAGCCGGCGAUUCCGUUUUCAUCCACAGUUCUUGGCCGCCUUACUGUCGGCGGCGAGUUGGGAAACGCGCUCUACUGGGCCGAGCAGAUCACAAAACCUGUCCGAUUUCGGGAGGCGGUGAUAGCAACGUUUGACGGCGGCGUGGUGGGGCUUGCGGCUGUAGAGGUUGGACCGAAGCGGACGCUAGCGAAUAUCGGGCCAGCGUGUGUUAGUAUCUCUACGCAUCCGGAUUACGUGUGGUUGAGUGCCAUCGACGGUCCAUCUGCAUCCGAGUCGGCGUCGCAGUUCCAGGCUUUCUUGAAGGGGGUCGCGUCGUUGGCUAAGCGUAUAGUUCACUGGAACCAGAGGCCUUUCCCUCUAGCACGGCUGCAGGAAGGGAAGAACGCUGACGAACGUUCCAGGAGUCUGACUAAAGCGGGUCCUCCAUCGCUCCCGAGUAUCUGGAGCGAAAAAUGGUCAUACCAUUCCGACGUUCCCCAGAUUGAUGGGCUCAACGCGAAUCCAAAGAAAGCUUGGAUAAUUGUUGGCGUUCCGUCGCAGCACAUGGCUGGAGUUCUCCAGAGUGUGAAACGAAUGGGACUGGACACGUCACGAGUCUGCGGCUUAGGCGCCAUUUCGUCACUGGAAACGCUUCGGAACCUUGUGCAAGGAGGGUCUUGGGCAGGCAUUCUGGUUGUUUCCGGGCUUUGGACAACAACAUCAGCAGUCGAGUGCCUGACAGAAACGGCCCACAUUCUGCUCCAAUAUGCAGACCUUUCUAGAGAAAUGGAGGUGCCGCCAUUGGCUGUUGUUACCCGGGGAGCGCAGCGGGUUGUACAGUCGCCAGAAACAUUGAGUCAAAAGGCGAUAGCAAGCUUUGAUUCGGAGCCGCCAGAGGAACAAUGGACUGCCCAGGUGCAUGACGAUGUGCCUCUCCACGCCGGGUUGCUGGCCUUCUGCAGAACGGCACGUUUGGAGAUGGAGCGGUGUUGUCGCCAGUUGAAACCUCUUUUAUACUUUGAUACCGACGGGGUACACCCUGGGCAGUCGAAAGAAGCGCUCGACCUUCAACUCGAAGCGGUGUUCCAAUGGUUGUCUAAGGAGGACGUGCAGGCGCCUUCAUCCGAGCAAAACAGGACAGAGUCUGCCACGCUCAACGAAUGGGAUGUAGUUGUCAGAGGACAGUCGUACUUUGUUCCUCGAGCUAACUCUGUCCUUUUGAAGCAGCCUCGGAUUCCUGCAGUCGACAGUAUACAAAGUUCCAAAUCUUACAUUGUGACAGGAGGGUUAGGUGGCAUAGGCGUUGUUGUGGCGUCUUGGCUCAUGCGGCAAGGCGCAGGCAAGAUUUUCUUGUGGUCCAGAAAGGGAAUACCGACGGACGAUGUGAAACAAACUAGUCAGUGGUGUGAGCUGAAACACGCCAUGGAAUCCGGGCAAAUCCAAACAGUGAGAUGCGACGUUUCGGUGAUCGAACAAGUUAGAGAUUCGAUUGGUUUGGCUGUCGCCGACUUGACCUUGGGCGGGAUUUUUCACUGUGCAGGCACGGAAGGCAAAGGAAGGCUGCAGGACCUGUCCCAGCAUGACAUUGCUGGCGUUUACGCUUCGAAAGUGGAAGGUGCGUGGAAUCUCCACCGCAUCUGCAAGGAAAUGUCCAUCGACAAGCACCUAGAUUUUUUUGUGUUAUUCUCGUCGAUAGCCGCACUGCCAGGAAACGAUGCCUUUGCAGCCUAUGCUGCUGCAAACGGCUGCCUUGACAACCUAGCUGAACACAGGAGAAGCCUCUCGUUGCCAGGGAAGAGUAUCCGAUGGGGCCCGUGGUUAGAUGUAGGGAUGGCAGCUCGAACGUCGUCCUUUGAACGUGUCAUGAAAUCACGCGGCAUUCGUGGCUUCCACAACGAAGAAGCAAUUUCUCUUCUUGAGGUUUUGCUGGGUGCAGAAGAAGAUCUCACGUGCUGCGCAGCAGUUCAUGUGGACUGGCGCAUUUACGCACAUAUCUUCGGUUCUCACGUGCCCGCUUGGUUGCAAGACGUAAUUCCAGGUUUGCGGAAAAACUUGACUGUUACGUCAGAAACGAGCACCACGGGUCAGAGGCAUGAUUCGAUGGAUCUCCAAGGUGUCGAAUCCGCUGUUCUCGACGUAGCACGAAAGAUGUGCGGAGGCGAAGAUCCCGUGUCCACCUCUACAGAGAUAAGCUCUCUGGGACUGGACUCCCUUGGUGCUGUGGAAUUCAGGAAUGCGUUGCAGGAGUCGCUCAACAUAAAACUGCCUGCUUCCCUCCUUGUUGAGUACCCAUGCCUUAAAGAUAUUAUUCAGUUCAUUAUGGAAAAUUGCUUCUCCGACGCGGCAAAGUCGGCGACUGAGUUGGUGCCUCUAUUAACUCGUGAUCCUGCCGCAGUUGACCAAGGCUUCGCAGUAGUUGGAAUGGGAUGCCGAAUUCCCAAAAACGCCAUGACACCUGAAGGUUUCUGGGAGAUGCUGCUUGAUGAAGUCGACGCUGUGUGUGAGAUACCGAUGGAGCGAUUCAAUAUAGAUGCGUUCUACGAUCCAGACCCUGAACAAGAUAAAUGCUACACUAGGGACGCCGCGCUCCUCGACCAUCCGGAUCUCUUCGACAACUCGUUUUUCAACCUAAGUGAUCAGGAAGUCCUCGCAAUCGACCCUCAGCAGCGCGUGUUGCUAGAAGUAGCCUACGAGGCGUUUUUCGAGGCGGGAUUCACAAAAGAAGCUCUCCUGGGCAACGAUUUCGGCGUUUUUUGCGCAGCGUACAACAAUGACUUCCAGUUUACCAACCUCACCCAAGGAAAAGCGACAAUGUGCGUUUUUGACAAGCAAGAAGGUCGAGGUCGAAUUCCAUCGCUUGGAGAAGCAGCAGGGUAUCCUGAACCUGGCGGUUUCAUGUGCUUCAUUCCGAACAGAAUCUCGUAUUCCUUUGGCCUCACAGGACCGAGCAUUGGAAUUGAUGCCGCCUGCGCUUCGGCCUUAGUUGCCUUCGAUGCCGCUAUAACGAAACUGAAAACAGGAGCAUGCUCAGGCGCACUCGUCGGGGGAGUGAACAUAAUUUUGAGUCCAACAUUUUUCCUCGGUGGCUGUAAAGCGCAUCAAUUUUCACGUGCCGGGAGAUGUAAAACGUUCGAUUGCAGUGCCGACGGUCUUGUGCGUGGAGAGGGGUGCGGAGCAGCUUUCUUACUUCCAGUGGCAGCUGCGAGGGAAAGAGGCAUCUUCGUGCACGCUGUCGUUAGGGGUUCCGCUACUUGCCAUUACGGCCGAAGCUCUCAGAUCACCUCUCCAAACACACGAGCUCUGGCCCGUGUACUGCGGCUUUCGCUGCAAGAUGCUAAUACGGAACCCUGUCUUGUGCGGUACUACGAGGCACACGGGACUGCCACCGUUCUUGGAGACGUCAUUGAAAUGUCAGCAGUUAGAGACGUCUUUCAGAAUGAUCGAAACCCUGCAACACCACUGCAUAUGGGUACGGUGCACAAUAAUAUUGGGCACCUUGAUGCGGCAGCUGGAAUUGUGGCUUUCAUAAAAACUGUCUUGUGCCUUAAGCACAGAUUCGUUCCGGCAAACAUUCACUUCAAGUCCCUGCACCCAGAUAUCCAUGGAAUUGACCCACAGCUCAUUAAGUACACGAAGGAAUCCCAGAGAAUAAUGACAGCAGAUCACGUUGCGGGCGCUAAACAAACAAUCUUCGGAGCAAACUUGGCAUACGGAAUGGGUGGCAGUGUUGCCGCUCUGAUAACCGAGUCUGGCGACGAAGCAACAGGGAGAUACUCACCGACGGCCGUUCCACGCCCUGUGUGGAAUCACCGUCAAUUUCCUUUAAACACGCAGAAGUUCGUCUAUCUUAUGGGCGCCAUGGGACAGAUCUCGAUGGAUGACAUGCCGACUCCUCAGUCUGAUGUCAUCCACGUAAUGAAACGCCUGUCAGAUACAGCAUUGAACGUUGCCUUCAUGAGACAACUGCGUCCUUCGACGUGUGGCACAGGCAAUUUGCGCUCGGUGUUUCUAACCGGUGCCACAGGGUUCAUUGGCAGCCAGGUGCUCUUUCAUCUUCUCCAGGUGAAGCGUCAGGAUACCAAGCUGGGAACAGACGGUGCGAAGCUGACGAUAUUUUGUCUGGUUCGCGCUAGGGACAGGGCCCACGGCAUGUAUAGAAUCAGAGACUCUUUAGCGGGACGUGGAAUCGAAUGGAAUCCUGACUUUGAUCAGCAGGUAAUCCCUGUUGUCGGCAACUUGGAAGAAGGUGAAAACAUGGGUUUGGGACCGAAGCAGAUGCAGUACUUGGAGCAAACGGUUGACGCCGUCUACCAUGCCGCCGACUAUGUGAACUUUGCCUUACCAUAUGACGCGUUAAGGAAAGCAAAUGUACUAUCGUUGGUACCCAUCCUGAAGCUGUGUACAACGCAUGUGGCGAAGCCUUUGCACCUCGUCUCAAAUUUCGCACACCACCUCCAGUAUUUUGCUGGGUUUUCAGAGGAUUUGAAUGUUGCUGUGGAUGAAACAGUGUCACCACCUUUGACUCCUGGAUUCGUUGACCGUCUUGAACAGCAAAUGCCUGCCGGGAUUAUGGGAUACCCCUGGACGAAAUGGGCUGCUGAGGAGAUCAUUGGUCUCGAUGAACUUUUCAGGCGCAUCGACGAAAACAAAGAGAAUUCACCAGUGCAUCCGCUAAGAGCGGCAAUGAGAUUUUGGCGGAGGUACUGGUACUCCUCGGACACGGAUCGUGACAGCCCGUUUCCGAUAAGGGUCAACAAUGUCGACGAGGAUCUCCCAGGUGUAAUGGCUACCUUCCCCAGCCUUGCAGAUACUUGGCUAAGAAUGGCAACAUACUGCAUGAAAAACUACCACUUGGUUCGACAUCCAUUCACCCUCGCAAUUCCCUUCGAAAUCCUGAAGAAAGCUGUCGCUGGUAUCGACCAGAGACUAGUUGAAUUGCUUUCAUUGCCGUUACAUACUCAGCAGCUCCUAAACGAGGUUUGCUCGACAGAGGAUGGCACAGAUAUGUCAGCUCUGAUGGCCAUGAUCGACCAUGCAACCCUGAGGAAGUACGACGACUGCGUCACUUCUGAAGUUCCAGAUCCGCGAGCACGUGCAUAA